CUGUCUUUAUUAUGUUAUUAAUUCAUUCUUCAUGUAAAGUCUGUCUUCAGCAGUAAAAUACAGUAUACAGUGAUAACUGUUGGCUAUUCAUGUAUUUUGUGUAGAUCUUCUAGUAAAUGGUCGUAUAAUGUAUAUUUAUGCAGGUCUGUCAUGAUUGUAAAAAGACAACAGCUGGAUAUUAUGCCACAAUCAAUAUUGUUUAAUAAAUAAUAACAGAACACACUAAACGUACCUGACUAGUCAGCUAAACCAGCUUCUAGAGAAAAUUCAGACAAAAACAUGAGAAAAGAACAAAUCAUAUUAAAAUAGUAUAUAAUUUUCUGACAAACCAGUUCUGAUCAUUCAGUGUUGUUAACGUCACACAAGUGUUCAUCAGGGACAAUGAACCUGAACAUCUUCAACCUUUACAACAUCUGAAGAUAAUUAGAAUUAAAUGUGAAUCUUUAAUAUGAUCUUAUUCAAAUAUAAAUUCAUUACUUUAAUAUUAUUUAGUCAAACAAAGAAUGAAUACUGUUUAUUCAUAUAACUGAUUUGUGGCUCGCUUAAAUAAAAAUAAAUGAAAAGUAUACAGGCCGAACAUAUAAAAGAGUCACAACACCCGAUAUGAAUUUGAGACACCUCCAUUUAUUAAACAAUUUUCAAAAUAAUAAGAAACAAUUCACAGGACUUAUAAAUGAAACAUGAAGAAUAACAAAUCGCGGGUAGGAACACUAAGGAAGCAAGCCCCUGACUACCCCUAUUCUCGGAUUGCAGCUCUUACCUGUCUGCCGACAAACAAAACCAGAAUGGCUCUCAAAUAUUCAAGAACAUAUAAGGUGAAUGUGAUUCUGGAUGCUGAUACGGCUCAUCCACGUCUCACUGUGUCUGAUGAUGGGAAACAAGUGAAAGAUGGAAGGAAUCGAAUAAAAGUAGUAAAUGGAGGAAAAGACAGAUUUGAUCAAAAUCUCGGUGUUCUUGGGAAGGAUGGAUUCUCCUCGGGGUGUUUCUACUUUGAGGUGCAGGUGAAGGAACAAACUGAGUGGGAUUUAGGAGUGACCAGAGAAUCUGUGGACAAGAGCACAAUGUAUAUGAGUCCUGAUGAUGGAUACUGGAUCGUGGGACGGAGAAAUGAGAAAUAUCAAGCUUGUGAUUCUUCUGAUUACUCUAUUUCUCUGAGUGUAAAGCCCCAGAGGGUCGGUGUUUUUGUGGAUUAUGAGAAGGGUCUCGUCUUUUUUUAUGAUGUGGAGUCCAGCUCUUAUAUCUACUCUUACACUAAUCAGUCUUUUAAUGAGAAACUCUAUCCAUUUGUUUGUUUGGGGUAUCAGUGGAAUGAAAACGCCACACCACUGAUCAUCUGUGAAGAUUAUUAAGGAGAUCAGUGAAUGAUCAACUAAAGUAAAAGUGUAACAGCAAUAACUAGAUCUGCAGUUAGCUUGAGAAAGACAGGACAGAAAGUUUUUAAUGUUUUAUAAACAGCUUACAGGUUGUGAAAGUUUGAUUGUUUUUCAGUUUAAAAUAGGUUUACAGUCUAUAAAGAAAUAGAUGCAGAAGAAGUAAUGUUUUCUAUUAAUUUGAUUUCAUAUUGAUUUUGUACUUCAUUGAAUGUUUGUGUAUUUCUAAUCCUGUUUUAAUUC